GUUUUCUACUGUACAAUAUUGCUGUAUAUUUGUACUGUUAUUUGGACUGUAUUCGCUGCAGUUGGAUAACAACAGCCAUUAACGAUGUGUGAUCCACGGUAUUUUACAAAUCUACCAAUCAGCCCAAAUCUUUGCCAAAGUUCCCAAACCAAGAGAUUUUAAGGCCAAAUCCACCAAUUCACAUACCUACUUUCAUGCCUCCCCUUCCUUCUUUAUUGAAAUGAUCUCUUCCAACUUGAACACGUUGAAUCCUUGAGCUCUUGUUAGCAGUGCCGUAUGUGUACUAAUAACAUUAAUUUGUGUAUUCAGGUGAAACAAGAGAACUCGACAAAGUUGAUUCUCCAGUUCGUAGCCAACGAGCAGAAAGAAGCAUUCCACCAGAUGGUGACAACAAAGAAACAAAUCCUCCAGAUUAUAAAGGUUACCUAAAGGAUCUCCAAAAAGCAUCUCAAACUGGAUUUGACGACCUACAUAAUAAGGCAAAUGCAUUAAAACUUCUUCCUUUGGCUAUUAAUGAGAAGGAGAAUUUUCCAUUAGAUAUUGAUGAAAAUUCUCAGAAACUAAUACCAACUGGCAAAUUGGAUGGUGAAUAUGUUGCUCUUUGCACCACGGGUGAUGGAAAUUGUUUAUUCCGAGCAGCAUCAAUUUUGGCCCAUGGAGAUGAAAGUAAGCAUCAAGAAAUGCGCGUGAGAACAUUGCUGGAGCUUGGGUGUAACAAAUCACAUUAUUUAGCUGACCCUAAUAUCAAAGAAAGAAUUCGGUUUCAAGAAGAAUAUAUACGAGGUAAAUCAGGUGUCAAGGGAAUAAGCAAGUUAUCAGGGGAAUUUGACAAAACAGGUCUGGAAGAGGUAUUCAAAGCAGAGGUAUGUGAAACUUGCAAAGAUUCCACCUGGGCUUCGUAUUGGCAUCUCCAUGCGCUGGCAACCGUCUUUCACCGUCCAGUAAGAAGUGUUUUUCCAGAAAGUCGCAGAGAGAGCCUUGUGAGUCAUUUUAAUGCUGUCAUUCAUCCUCGAGAGGGUUAUUCAAUGAUGCACCCACUGGUAAUCAUGUGGACAUCAACUGGGAGUUGGGAAACAACAGGGCCUAAUCAUUUUGUUCCUCUAGUUCCUGCUGACAAAGUUUGUCCCUCAGGGAGAAAAAGCCGAAACACUACUGCAAAACAGAGCUGCAGAAACAAACAGCCUUCCGAGCAAGAUGAGAAGAGGGAAAGAAGAACUAAUAUUCAAACUGAACCCAUUAAUCAGCUGCAGAGCAAAGAAAGGCGUUUCAGUCUUCCCUCGAUUGUUCUACCUAAGAAAGACAAUGGAAAAUUGUCUCAUUCCAAUAGUGAUCCUUGCGUAAGUCCAAAGACCAAAGAGGGAAAACUAGGUGAUUUGAUUUACGACUAUCUGGAAAACAACUCAGAUGUUCUUGAUAGACUUAAAGUACUCCUGGACAAGGCCCUUAACGGUAAAGUAAAAUGUUGGAAGCAUUUGGCAGAUCAACUUGGAGUACCAAAGAAGAUUUACGACACUUUCAAAUGCAGUUCGGAAACCAGUCCUACAGAGAAUUUAUUGCACCUUUUAAAGACACGAUAUCCAGAGGAAUUUACAAUUGGAAAACUGAAGGAUGGCCUGAAGUUCAUUAGAAGAAAAGAUGUCAUUCAUGAUGUUCUUGACCAUCAAAAGUAUCAAAAGUUAGACAAACCACUGACUGAUGACACUACAGUGGAAAGCGUGUUUGACAGUCAUCCACACAUCAUUGGGGCGAUGCAAUCAUUGUUAGAUGUAGAGGGGCCUGGAAAGAACAACUGGAAGGACCUUGCUGACUUUUUUCACGUGGAAAGAAAUGAAGCCCAAGACUGCACAAGAUCUUACAAAGAUAAUCCAGCUAAGGGAUUGUUUGAAUAUGUUAACGCUAAAUAUCCUCUCGAGACUGUUGGAGAUCUUAUAAAGAAAUUGGAGGAAUGCCAAUUGAAGGCGGAAUCGAACGUACUAAAUAACUGCAAAGUCACUACAAGCACUCUGUUGAUCGAUUUGUGGGACCUGAAUGACGAAGCAGUACAUAAAUUAUGUACCCUUUUAAACCAGAGGGGCGCGUGGAGGCGUUUGGGACCCAAAUUUGGAAUCUUAAAGGAAGAUCUAGACACCUUUUCUUCUCAUGAAGAUGAAGUAAUAAGCCCUAUGGAGGCACUAGUCGAUUAUUUACGUGGUGACCAGCCUGAGCUAACUGUUAAGAAGUUUAUUGAGGCCGUGUAUUCGAUUGACAGAAGAGAUGUGGCUUACUCAUCUCCGGUUAUCAGGUCAUGUUUGAGUCACCUUAUAUGGAAAUGCAGAUUUGCGAUAAAAUUUAGAAAAGCAGUAUAAAGAUUCCUUGGAGCAGAGCCAGAGUCAAUCAGCAACAGUUAUGGAAACGAUGCUUUAACUGCUUAUUCCAAACGACAAGGAAAGAACCUUUUACAGAUUUCUCUGCACUAUCAAAGCAAGUUUUGAUUGAUAAGAACUAGAGCUUUUUCAAGUAAUUUUUUAGGAGGACUGAUAUAGCUACGGUAUUUUUAAAGAUAGAUAGGUUGUUUUUAGAAAAAAAUGUUCAAAUCUACUACUCAGAACGUUUCGUGCCCCCACCGUAACCCCCCUAGAUUCCUAAAUUUCUCCUUUUAGCUUAUGUGCAUUUCACUAUAACAAAAACACAAAUCGUUAUCUGCACUAUUUUGAAUUACAAAACUGAAAAAGGUACAGAAGUAAAUGAAAUUAGAGUACUACUUAGAAUAACCAUGGGUGGGGAGGGGGGCCAGCAGAGCAAGGCAGCCUUUAUUAUAAAUUAGACCGGCAAUUUGGUUUGAAAUCAUUAUAACACUCUUAAACUGAUAAUGUUUCAAAAUAUUCUUAUCACCUGUUUGGUGGAAAGAUUAUCAAAGUUUUGCGGGAGAAUUCCUCAGUCAAAGGAUAAAUUAACCCGCUGCUCGGCUAUGAAAAUGAGAUUGCUUUCACGGGUUGGAUAAAAUUAACGUGGGGUUUGCAAAAUCAAGAAGUGAGUGGGACUCUCGAAAACAAAAGUUGGUUGAAUGACGGAGUUUUACAUUUUAAAUUUCAUAACGAUGAUGUAUCUCAAAAGUUAAUACCACAUGUGUGUCAAGUUUGAAUAUUAAGAGAGAUUCUUGUUAUUUUUCUGGUCGGCCAUAGUAUGGUAUUGAACUUGACAAGAAAUAGAGAGCAUGCAAUAAACAAGAAAUUAAACAAAUUUGCAACAGUAAGCCAUGAUAGGUGUAAAUGGAAUGAUACAUGGGCGAGCAGGUUGCUUGUUGUCGAGUUGUGCACAGAAAGAGAAAUUCCACAUCUAUAAGCAAUUGUAUUUUUUAGUUUACUAUAUAAACACCAUAGGCCUUCACUGACAAUUGAGGAAAAAUCUACUUUAUUAAUGAAUUAAAAAAGCUCAAGACGAGAAAAUGCGUCGAAUUAUUACAACUCACGAAAUGCCAUAAUCCGUGAAAAUUUCCACAAACGACCUUCGAUUGAGAAUGUGAAGCUUUGCCAUUCAUUCAUGAACCUAACAGAGUGGUGCGAAAGGUUAUUGAUGUGUCAGCAGUUGAUGGGCGGUAUCAAACACACGUAAAACAAUUAUUCUAAUUUUACACGCGUGCUGUUACAGCUUCCUUAAAGGCUAAAACUCCUUGUAAAAAGUAGCAGUUUAUAUGAUAAAAUAGAAUAACACAAAACAAUGCCUUAAUUCUGGACUUCAUGUUACACGCUAAGCAUGCGUAUUAAAAUAGCAGUCUUUAUUCUUUGCUCAGUAAUUGGAUAUGGCUACUUUUACUAUGAUAAAGUAGAGGUUUCUCUAAGAUCAAUGAAGAUAAAGCUAUUUAGCAUACCUGUAUAUUUUAUUGUAAGCAAAAUCAAGAGAUGUUAGAAAUUGCUCCAGUGCCACCCAAAGUCUCUUUUAUGUUUUUCAAUCUUGUCACGUUAUCGUGAACUACCAUACAGCUACCAAUAAGUUACACUGGGUCUUGCCAUAGAGGCCACGAAAAAAUGAUCUUGUUUUUCUCAUUCUCUUCUCUUAAAAUGGGCUAGAAAUCCCACAAAGGACGCCGCCAUUUUGAAAAAAAAAAUCAAUCUGGGUGCACAUGCAUCACAUAGAAAGAACCAUGACGAGUGGUUCGCAAGAAGCUUCUCACUAAUAAUCGCAAAAAAGAAAGUGAAUAAUGCCUAGAGAUGGAAGACAGCGGGGUGUUUGGUCUCAGGUACAUGUAGGUGACCAGACUCUGAGGCAGUGUUCAAGAUGGCGGCUUCCGUAAUCGUUUUAUUUACUCAUUUGAAUUUUUUGUUUCAAAUGUUUAGGUAUUCUUUGGAAUCUCAAAACGCCCUACUGAAAUAGUUAAUUUUCAUAUUUACCCUUUUUGAUGGCAAAGGUGGAAAUUAUGGUUUUUAGGGCACGUAUCUCCAUCCUUUAAGCUGUUGGGUUGUAUUGAUUUAUUGGUUAGUGAAAUAUAUUCCACAUCAAGAGGUUCGGGUUUCAGCCCUUCACUAAACAGGGUUAUCCGCAUGAUUCUUCUGUGUCCUUGGGCAAGACUGAACUAUACUCCUAUGUUGCCUCCAGGUCAGGAGUUUCGUAAAGACUUAAGCAAGCCUUACGAUAACUUAGUGGCUUCGGUUUUUUUAUAUCACUUUUAGGCAAUGCAGUUAAAGUACUUGUUUAUUUAUUGAUAUAGUUAGAAUGUUGGUUAUUAAUUGAUCAUGUAUGUUUAUUUUAUUUUAUUUUAUUUUAUUUUAUUUUAUUAUUAUUUUUUAUAUAUAUUUUUUAUAUUUUACUCGGCACAUUAGCAUGAAUGUGUUGCUAGGGGCCUGAUCAGCCUCAUCAACCCGAGUUAAAAUAAAGUUACAUACAUACAUACUUAGUAGGGAGGCUAAAAAGCUACUAAUACUUGAUGUUCUGUAUUCCUUUUUUACAUCAAUUUUAGGCAGUGUAGUUAAAGUACGAAGCAGGUAGGCUAAAAAGCUAUUAAUACUUGAUGUUCUGUAUUCCUUUUUUACAUCAAUUUUAGGCAGUGCAGUUAAAGUACGAAGUAGGUAGGCUAAAAAGGUAUUAAUACUUGAUGUUCUGUAUUCCUUUUUUACAUCAAUUUUAGGCAGUGCAGUUAAAGUACGAAGUAGGUAGGCUAAAAAGCUAUUAAUACUUAAUGUUCUGUAUUCCUUUUUUACAUCAAUUUUGGGCAAAGCAGUUAAAGCACUUAGUAGGGAGACUAAAAAGCUCUUUGUACUGAAUGUUUUGUAUUCCCUAUUUACAUCAGUUUUAGGCAGUGCACUUUUCAAUAAAACUCAGAAAUACAAAGGU